AUGGCCGCCGCACGCUACGACGUGGAGAAGGGCGGGAGGAACGGCGGGGAGGGGAAGCAGCACCACUCGCCGCCGGUGCCGGAGCACCACCUGUACCCGCAGCGGGAUGGGGAGAGGGACUGGGUGCCGUGGUUCGUGCCGCUCGUCGCCGCCGUCAACAUCGUGCUGUUCGCCGUGGCCAUGUACGUCAACAACUGCCCCGCCCACGCCGCCGCCUCGUCUCGCCGCGGCGGCGGCGCCUGCGUCGCCCGCGGGUUCCUCCACCGCUUCUCCUUCCAGCCGCUCAGCGAGAACCCGCUCCUCGGGCCCUCGUCGGCCACGCUGCAGAAGCUGGGGGCACUUGUAUGGGACAAAGUUGUGCAGGAGCACCAGGGAUGGAGGCUCGUCACUUGCAUCUGGCUGCACGCCGGUGUUGCCCACCUUCUAGUCAAUAUGGUCAGCCUCGUGCUCAUCGGACUCAGGCUCGAGCGACAGUUUGGAUACGUGAGAAUUGGCAUCAUCUACCUUGUUUCUGGCGUUGGAGGCAGCGUGCUCUCAUCUCUGUUCAUCAGGAACACCAUCUCUGUCGGCGCUUCUGGAGCUCUGUUCGGACUCCUUGGGGCCAUGCUGUCGGAGCUCUUCACCAACUGGACCAUUUACUCGAACAAGGCUGCAGCCCUGGUGACCCUCCUGGUCGUUAUCGCCAUCAACCUCGCCAUCGGCAUCCUCCCGCACGUGGACAACUUCGCGCACAUCGGAGGGUUCCUCACCGGCUUCCUCCUGGGGUUCGUCUUCCUGAUGCGCCCGCACUACGGCUGGAUGCAGCGCUACGUCCUGCCCUCCGACGUCAAGUACACCGCCAAGAAGUACCUGGCCUAUCAGUGGGCUCUGCUGGCCGUGGCUUCGGUGCUCGCUGUCGUCGGGUUCGCCGUUGGGCUGGGGAUGCUUUUCAGACGAGUGAACGCGAAUGAUCACUGCGGGUGGUGCCACUACCUCAGCUGCGUUCCGACCUCCAGAUGGAGCUGUGGGAAGUGA